AUGUCUUUAUAUGAGUAUUCCAAGCUAGUCGACGACGAUAUUCGAAUACUCACAUUGCUACCUGGUCAACCUGAGUCUGACAUCAAGAUCAUAAUUCACCAUGCGUCACUCAGGGCCACGAGAGAGGAACCUCGUCAGCACGGGCCUUUGAAUGACCUGCAGAAAAGCUUGCCAUCCGGUUGGGAAGCAGAAGAAACCGCCGAGGGCCGAUGCCUAUUCUGGAAUGAAAAUUUGCAUACCUCUUCCUGGGCUCACCCUAAUGGAAGUGUUACUCGAUCGCUGCAUGGCUCUCCUGCCAAUGAUAUAACGUGUUUCCCACAAUAUGAGGCUCUAUCAUACACUUGGGGCAGUACAAGUAACCCGCAAACCGUCCAGGUCCUCUCCCAAGGUGGCUUAUGUGAACUCAGGACACUUCAUAUUGGGGAAAAUCUUGCCAGCGCCUUCAAACAUCUCCGAUAUCCUGAUACGGCUCGGACACUGUGGGCUGACGCAAUUUGCAUAAACCAAAGCAGUAUUUGUGAAAAGAAUAUUCAAGUUCCUCGCAUGGCCGAUAUCUUUCGCUCGGCAGUCCGUGUUGUGAUCUGGCUGGGACAAGAAUCGGACAAUAGCACGCUUGCGUUAUCCACGCUAGACUACUUGGCCACACAGGUCGAAAUUAACAAGGCAAACUGGGUUCGACCUUCGCCUGGAUGCGUGCGCCAAGACUGGUUUGAUUCGCUCACCGAUAUGCCAUAUGACGACAGUACUUGGCAGGCUAUUGCAGACUUGGCAAACCGCCCCUAUUUCAACCGACUAUGGGUUGUGCAAGAGAUCCAUCUCUCCAACCACAAUGCAGUCGUACAAUGCGGAAUAUAUCAGAUGACAUGGAAACGAUUCCGCAGGGCAGUUGUAUGUCUUAUGUGGAAGAGACACAUCCCUCAAUGUGUUUCCUCGAGCAAGCUCCCAAAGCUUGGCACAUUCUGCUAUAACUUCGAAGGCCUGAACUUCGCUACCUUGCUCCAGGUGGUCACACAUCUAGAAUGCUUCAACCCUCAUGAUAAGGUAUACGGGCUUCUUGGACUCGCUUCGUCUAACUUGCUGCCUCAUAUUCGACCAGAGUAUGCUCUGCCCGUGGCAACAGUUUAUCGCAGUCUGUUUCUGGGCUUGAAGUACCACUUGCAGCGGCUACACUUCGAAUUCUGUAGCUUGCGAACAAGUCGGCCUAGGCAACUUCCUUCGUGGGUUCCCGAUUUGUCUGGUAACUUAAGCGAGUUGCUAUCCCGAGCGGCGGGGCUGGUAUCUGGGAUGUCUUGUGCUGAGGCAACUUAUCGCGCCCCUGACAUUCUUGAAGUGUGCGGCGUCAAGGUGGCCACUGUGCAAAGCAACAAAGGGACAUAUCCAGAUGGCAUAACUAAGCGGCUGACAGCACUCCACACUUGGAAGCCAGAAAGCUUGAUGACAGGGAAAUACCCUACAGGGGAAAGCAUCCUGGACGCGUUUAUCACCACUCUUGUCCAGGGUAAACUUAGAGAUCGGUUCCCCGCUAUAGUGACUUGGUCCUCCCUUCAGGAAUUAAAAGACAAACUCGCGGAAGUAUUGGCGGGCUCUAUGGGUUCUUCUGACGAGCCUACCAGAAAUGUUGAUAUUAGUAGCUAUGCCCAUGAACUCCGGUUCCUCCCCGAACAGGCCUUUAUCACUUGUAAAACGGGAUAUUUUGGCCUGAGCCAUCGGGACGCAAAGCCAGGUGAUAUCGUAUGUGCCUUUCUUGGCUGUCAAGUAUUAGUUAUUCUUCGUCCAUCGACAACGGGGUAUUUUCAAGUUAUUGGUAGUUGUUAUCUCCAUGGGUUCUCUAGCGCGGAGGCCUUCCUUGGCCCUCUCCAAGUGCCAUGGGUCAUGCUGUAUAAGCCCGACUCCUGCGGAGUCCAAACUCCCUAUUUCUUCAACAAAGACACAUUGGAAGAGGUCCAGCAAGAUCCUAGGUUAGACCAGCUACCUGUUGGGUGGGAAGCCAUUCAAGAAGAUAGGACAAAGGAAGAUCCUCAAUUGUUUUCGUGGUUUCGGAACAAGGUUACUGGAGAGACUAUGAAUUCCGAUCCUCGUAUGCUCCCAGAAGCUUUGCGUGAUCGAGGAAUUAACUUAGAGCUAUUUAAACUAGUCUGA